AUGGCCUCCGAGCGGCUCCCGAGCCGGCCCGCCUGCCUGCUGGUGGCCAGCGGCGCGGCCGAAGGCGUGUCCGCGCCGUCCUUCCUGCACUGCUUCUCGCUGGCCGGCGCCGCCUUCAACCUGCAGGUGGCCACGCCCGGGGGGCGCGCCGUGGACUUCGCGGACGUGAGCGAGGGCACCGCGCGCGGGGUGCAGGACUUCCGCCUCAAGGCCUACGCCAGCCCGGCCAAGCUGGAGUCCAUCGACGGCGCCCGGUACCACGCGCUCCUGAUCCCCAGCUGCCCUGGGGCGCUGGCUGACCUGGCCAGCAGCGGCUCCCUGGCCCGUGUCCUGCAGCACUUCCGCUCCGAGAGCAAGCCCAUCUGUGCCAUCGGCCACGGUGUGGCCGCGCUCUGCUGCGCCACCAACGAGGACGGGUCCUGGGUGUUCCGAGGCUACAGCCUGACGGGGCCCUCUGUGUAUGAGCUGGUCCGGGCUCCGGGCUUCGCGCACCUGUCCCUGGUGGUGGAGGACUUUGUGAAGGACGCAGGUGCCAGCUUCAGUGCCAGUGAGCCAGACGCCCUGCAUGUGGUGCUGGACCGCCACCUGGUCACUGGGCAGAACGCCGCCUCCACCGUCCAGGCUGUGCAGAACCUGCUCUUCCUCUGCGGCAGAAGUGACCUGGCCCUGGACAGCUCAGCUGUCCCCUGAAGGAGCCAGACACCCGCCUGCCGCCUCAGCCCUCCAGUGAACCGGCCUCUGGCACUGAGUGACCACCAGCCCCUCCCGUCCAGGGGGCUCACUCCAUGUGGGGUCCCAUGCUGGGCCCCAGCCUGCAAAGAAGGGGCUUCAUGACACACCCUGGGUGAGGCUGGGCACUCUCCUGACUUGAGAGCGACAGCUGUGCUUGGACCCCAACUUGGCGCCCAUAGGCUUGCUGUGGACAUGGGCUGUCGUCCACCUAGCUCCCCAGGGUGCCUGGCCUGGGGCUCCGGACACUGCUCUGGCUCUGCAGCCCCCCAACCCCUUCAGGCGCCCCUGGCAGGAGCCCAGGCAUUGCAGCCAGGUGCCCUGGCACCCACAUGGCCCCAGCCAUGCCCAUAGCAGUGCUGAUGGCGCCGGGGGCAGCCCUGGCCUGGUGACCUGCCUGCUAUCCUCAGGCCCGGGGCGGCCCCUCGCCUGGAGGGCUCCAGGAGGACCCAGUAUCUUGCGAAAUAAACGCCUGCCCUGUCAGCCCGUGUCUGCCUGGUGGCGGCGCCCUGUGCUGUCUGCUGGGCGGGGGCCUCCCACGGCAGGUUGGGAUCGCGUUCCCUUGGGGGUGUCCGGAGGCGCAACUCACAGGGGUGGGGCAGGGCUGGACACGGAUCUCCUUUCUGGGUGAAAGGAGUCGGGGGACAGCACCUGCUGCCCUGACCUGAUGGCCCCAGCCUGCCUCUUGUGGCCUCUAAGGUGGCAGCUGUGGUUUUGGCGGAGGCAGAGACCAGGGUUAGAGGGUCAGGCUGAGGUGACGACCCCGCACUAAGGGGACCUGGGGCCCCACACAUCCUGCCUGGGCCAGACCCGCCCGCCCUGUAGGGGAGGCAGCCCCACCCUUUGGGAGACGGGGGUGCAGGGGAGGGCUUGGGGCCCAUGUGGGGCCCUUUGCUCCACCAGCCCCUCCCGGCCAGGACCAAGGGGGUCUCAGCUGAGGGGGCCAGGGGCUCCCCUGGAGGCCCCACAGGGCAAGCCUCUCCCUGCACGCCAGAGCUGCCCGCAGGACGCGUGGUCG